AUGAAUUUCCAGAUUCUCAUGGAAGAUGUCGAGGUUGAAGGCAUUGAUCAGUUUGCUGCCCUUCUCAUUUUCUUGACGAGUUUCGUCGGAUUUGCAUGUAACACGUUCAUUGCCUUCUACAUCACCCGUCUCUCCCUUCUACGGAAUUCCUUCGGACGUCUUCUUCAACUUCAAGCAGCCGGUGACGCCGUCUUUGUUCUAGUCUGGGCUUUCUACUUUGCUCCUGUCCUCUUUUUCGAUAUAAAACCGCUGCAAUCGUUGGGUGUUGCGUCGAGAUUCGCACAGUUAUGUCUGAUUUGUUACGAUAUUUCAAUCUACACACAUCUAGUCAUUUCGCUCAACAGAUUCAUCUCCCUCUACUUCCCAACCAGCUAUCAAACCAUUUUCACCGACAGAUUCACAACUUUCCUAAUAUGUGCUAUUGUACUUGUUUCAUUCGGAUUUUCCUGGUUUCUUGUUAUCGUGGACUGCAAAAUGGGUUUUUCGAUUCCAAGAUGGAUGCUGGACUACGUCAGUCCGCCAUGUGAAAUGAUCAAUGUCUACUAUGCAGAGUUUUUCAGAGGAUUAAUUGUAAUUUCAAUGUUUGCAAUCACCAACAGUUUCACAUUCUGUCGAAUGCACAUGCACAAUAGAAAGAAACAAUCAGAAUCAACAUUCGAAACGACUCAACAGAAAAAGAGGAGAGCUGUAGAGACUGCGUUCGUUCAACAAGUAACUCUUCAAGGACUUUUAUACGUUCUGGAACUUGUCACUUAUUUCUAUGUUGCUCUAUUCUUCCCUGUUCCACUCGAACCAAAAGCUCUCUCGGAGUCUUCGAAUCGAUGGCCUAAUUUCUUAUUGACAACGUACGCGUGGAUUCUGGUUCACGCUCUUGAUGGUGUGAUCACUCUAAUCUUCAACAAACAAUUCCGAAAUGUUCUCCGUCAUCCAUUCCGUUCUCAAGCCACUUUGAAUGCCUCGAAAACGCCAUCAAGACGAAGCCGAUUCGUGACCAAUCGAGACGACUCGAACCGUAAAAAGAGCUCAAUUCUUGCCUGCACGUUCAUCUCCAAUUCAAAUACUGGAUAUGGAUCAUCUGUUCAUGUCUGA